AUGACAAUGGAGAAAAAAGUGAGGAAAAAAUUGGAAAAUGAACGAGAUGAACAAGAAUUUGAAUUGGAAAAAUUGAAAGAAAAUGCACAAAAAACAAUGACGAAAGUGGAAACGCUGAAGGAAAGUUGUCGUGAGAAAGAUAACGAGAUUCGAAGAUUAGAAAAGAAACUAGAGCAAAUAACUGAGGAAUCGGAAACAAAUAUAGCUGAGAUGAAAAAGAUUCAUAAGCGAUCGAAGGACGAAUUACAGAAUCGUUUGGAUGAAUUAAAAAAAGUUUGUCAAAAACUGGAAACAGAAAAUAAGGCGCAGAAAAUGAAACUUGAAUAUUCCGAAAAAGAGCGAGAAUCUUCCGUCGAAUCAGAUUACGUAUCUGGUGGUAGGCAAAGUCGUUUGGGUAGUCGACAGUACUCUUCUAGUUCAGCCGGAUCCAUUGGCUCUAUCCGUACAUUGAGCAGACGAACGGUUGAGCCCGAAAAUAAAUUUUCUUCCGGAUUUCGUAGCCCUUCCACAUUUUCAUUGAGUUAUUAUUCGAGUGAUCAAUACAAUCUCUCCAGGAGUUCCUCACAAAGUCAAUUUGCUAACGAACGGAAAAUUUCGCAGUUGGAAAGGCAAAUUGCUUCCGCACACACCGAUACACAAAUGAUGAAACGUGAAAUUGAAGUGUAUAAAUCAACUUUAGCAAAAAAUGAGGAAGAACGAGAUAAGCUAUCGCAAAUGGUUCGUACAUUGGAUAUUUCUGUGAAGAAAUUGGAACAAUCACUGUCAGAUGAAGCAAGAAGAAAUCAUGAAUAUGAAUUACGCUUGAAGAGAACUCAAAAUGAAUUAGAAAAUGUACGAAGUAAGUAUGAAAAAGCGGUAAAAGAUGGACAAAUGGAAAUCCUAGAAGAAAGAAGAAAAAUGAGAAUGGAAAUGGAUGCUUUAUCACGAGAAAAUGAAAUGAAAAAACGUGAUGCAAAAGAAGCACGAGUAAUCGAAGAGUUACAAAAAGAACUUAAUUUUAGAACAUCACAACUUAAUCGAGUUAUGGCACAAGUUAGUCAUCUUGAAAAUAUCAACAAAUCACAGGGUGUUUAUGGUGAAACAUGGGAACAUCAAUAUCGGAUGACACUUACUGAAUUAGAAUCAUUACGUGAGGAAAAUAUAAGCUUAAAAACAAAAAUACGUCGACAAUAUCGUGAAAUUGAACUUUUAAAACAGCAAUCAGAAAUGGAAGCAGACGUUGCUAUAUUGGAAAAUAAAAUGGGAAUAUCUGGAAUGAAUACAACAACAGCAACAACAACAACAACAGCGGAAAGUUCACAUGAUAAAAACGACUUUUAA